AUGGAAUUGCUAUCGUAUAUGAAAUCGUACUUUGGUGGUCUCCUCACACUUGGAUGGAGCCCAGAUGCGAAGUUAAUAGUAACUGGUGGUGAAGACGAUUUGCUCACUGUUUAUAAUGUUCAAGAGAAACGCGUGGUUUGUCGUGGUCAAGGACAUAAAAGCUGGAUUUCUCAGGUGCAAUUUGAUCCAUAUAUGUGUACUGUUGAUGGUGAACAUGAACUGAACGGACUAGGAGCUUUGGACAUCGGUUCAGAUGAUGAGAAAAUUGCUCAUUCCACAGGAAUCAUUCAAAACGGACAGGAUAGUAAUGCGCCUACUCCAGUUAUAAAACCAAAUGUGCGUAGACCUCCUUUGCAAACAUCUUCCUUUUCGCGAUGCUCUUUCGCUUCAUUUGGUACAAUUAAUGGAACUGGUCGUGGCUGUGGCGGUGCGUGCUGCUAUCGUAUAGGCAAGUGUUGGCAUGACUUACGAAAGCCUGUGUCUUGUGGGCAUAUAACGGAGGAUAUGUGA